AUGGUGAAACCCUUCUCGCCUUUCGAACUGAUUGCAAGGAUAAAAGCGACCCUUCGAAGGUUGACCGUCGGCGGAGAAAUUACUGGCAACAAGACGUUCCAAUCGGGUGAUGUGCUGAUCAAUUUCGAUGAGCGAAUCGUCUACGUAUCAGGUCAACCGAUACAACUGACGGCGACGGAGUACAGACUGCUCACCGAACUCUCCAAUUCCGCAGGCAAGGUUCUCAUACAGGAUGUGUUGCUACAGAGGGUUUGGGGGCCGGAGUAUUCGGGGGAGCCCCAGCUUUUGCGCUCCUACAUAAAGUCCCUUCGCCAGAAGCUCGGGGACAAUGCCAGGAAUCCCUCGUAUAUCUUCACCGAGCAUGGCAUUGGGUACCGUAUGGCAAAGUCUAAUCCCAUGGCUAAUCUCCCCGGGCCCUUGAGUUCGGAACCCUCAAGCACUGAGGGAGCCGCCCAAAGGAGCAAGCCGGCCCUGCUGAGGAACAGCCCCCGGCUCCGCUACUUCGCACAACGACAGGAAUUCAGUAGUUAG